CUUCCCCCCUUUCUCUCUAGAUUGCCCUCAUCUCUCUCUCAGUGUAGAGCUUCUCUCUCAUCGCAGGGCAAAACUCUCGCUCUCUCUCUCUCUCUCUCUCAGUGUAGAGCUUCUCUCUCAUCGCAGGGCAAAACUCUCGCGCUCUCUCUCUCUUUCUCUCUCUCCCCCCUUUUUAGACAAUUUUAUCUUUUUCUUAUCGAGAGCCUUCAAGUCCCGGUCCCCUCACUGCACAAGCUUUCUCUCACUACUAAGUCCCCGCUACGAUGGCCGGUCGAGCUCUCUGCAACUACCAAGCCAUCCCCCCUCUCUCUUCCUUUCGCUCCUCUUCAAAAAUAUUCCCCAUCCAUUGUUUGCCAUUUUCAUUUCGUCGAUUCUCACCUUCUUCUUCUUCGGCGAUAAGUUAUUGCAGCAUGUCUGAAUCCUCUGGCUCAGCUUCCGUGAAAGCUGAGCCCUUUGUUCUCACGACUCCCCUUUACUAUGUGAAUGCCCCUCCUCAUAUGGGAAGUGCUUACUCUACCAUAGCAGCUGAUGCCAUUGCUCGUUUUCAGAGACUACUGGGGAAAAAAGUAAUAUUUAUUACGGGAACAGAUGAGCAUGGGGAGAAAAUUGCGACAGCUGCAGCAGCUCAUGGGUGCAGUCCCAAGGAACAUUGUGAUACUAUAUCACAUGCUUACCAGAUGCUUUGGAAAGAUCUUGACAUAUCUUAUGACAAAUUCAUUCGCACUUCUGAUCCUGUGCAUGAAGAAAUUGUGAAGGAAUUCUACUCAAAAGUUUUCAGCAAGGGUGACAUCUAUUGUGCAGAUUACGAGGGACUUUAUUGUGUCAAUUGUGAAGAAUACAAGGAUGAGAAGGAGCUGCUUGAAAACAACCAUUGCCCUAUGCACUUAAAGCCGUGUCUUUUACGGAAAGAAAACAAUUACUUCUUUAGCUUAUCUAAAUACCAAAAACAACUGGAAGAUAUUCUUGCCGCACAGUCUGAUUUCGUACAGCCCCCCUUUCGCUUGAAUGAGGUAUUGGGCUGGGUGAAGAAUGGGUUGCGGGAUUUCUCCAUUUCCCGUGCAUCAGUAGAAUGGGGUAUUCCUGUGCCAAAUGACAAUAAGCAAACGAUCUAUGUUUGGUUUGAUGCUUUGUUGGGUUAUGUUUCAGCACUCUUGAAAGAAGGGGAGGAGCCAACCUUGCAAAAUGCACUUUCUUCGGGUUGGCCAGUUUCACUGCACCUGAUAGGAAAGGACAUCUUAAGGUUUCAUGCUGUUUAUUGGCCUGCAAUGCUAAUGUCAGCAGGUUUGGAUCUUCCAAAGAUGGUGUUUGGCCAUGGUUUUCUAACAAAGGAUGGUAUGAAGAUGGGGAAGUCUUUGGGAAAUACACUUGAACCAAAAGAUCUCUUGUUUGAAUUUGGAUCUGAUGCUGUCAGAUAUUUUUUCCUGCGUGAAGUGGAAUUUGGAAAUGAUGGUGACUAUUCGGAAGAGCGUUUCAUCAACAUCGUCAAUGCACACCUUGCCAACACAAUUGGAAAUCUUCUUAAUCGUACUCUUGGCCUUUUGAAGAAAAAUUGCGAAUCUACCCUAGGUUUUGAUUCCGCUUCUGCAGCUCAAGAAAUUCCUCUCAAGCAUAAUGUGAAGGAAUUAGUUGAGAAAGCCAGGAUCCAUUAUGAGAACCUUUCCAUAUCUUCUGCUUGUGAAUCUGUCAUGGAAAUUGGAAAUGCGGGUAACUUAUACAUGGACGAGCAUGCACCCUGGUCUCUUUUCAAGCAAGGUGGUGCCAGUGCGGAAGCUGCUUCUAAGGAUCUUGUGAUUAUAUUGGAAACAGUGAGGAUAAUAGCUAUUGCCUUAUCCCCCAUCACUCCAACCUUAUCUUUCAGGAUGUAUUCACAGCUCGGAUAUUCAAGGGCACAGUUCGAAGCUGUCACCUGGGAUGACACCCGAUGGGGGGGGCUUAAAGCAGGGCAAGUAAUGGCAGAACCUAAACCUGUUUUUGCUCGAAUUGAGAGAAAAGGGGAAGAGAAAAAGGAUGGCGGUGUACCUCCAAAAGGAGUCAAAGAAAGAAAAAGAGCACCUCAACCUCAGAGGGUUGCAGAAGCUCAACCAUGAAGUGCAUGCUAAAUGUGAGGAAGCAUCCCCUUAGGUUGUAAUAUUGAGUUGUUAAUUUAUUGAUGCAAUUUUAUUAAUAUUAUUAUCCAAUUUGGCUGAUCAUUGUGAAGUUUGACACUUGACAAUAAAUUUCAGCAAAGCAAGUGCCUUUUUCCAGUUGGAUUA